AUGUCAAAGGAAGAGGAAACUGCAACUACACCAUCAAAUAUUGAUAAAGAUGUUGAUAACAACGACAUUGUUCGUUCUUCGUCACCAUUAGAUGACUAUGAAGAAGAAGUUGAUGAUGAUUUAACAAAUAAUAAUAAUAGAACAAGACAAGAUUUUAGUAAAAUGAGUACACCCUAUUACUCUUAUCAUGUUGAUAAAACUAUUCAAAGCAAUGAUUCAGCUUAUUGGGCAAGGAGAUCUAAAACAAUGAUGACAACAACAUCUGAACAUAGUCUGGAACCUAAUUCUACAAGUUCAGCAUCUCAUGCUACUACUGUUAGUGGCAGUCUUGUUGAGGAUAGAGAUGGUGUUGGUGUUGAAGUUGACAAUGGUAAAUUUAAUGAUACUGCAGAAGUUGCUGAGAAACAAAUUAAAGAGGAAUUAAAUAAUUUAUACACUGAUUUUCAUAAAUGUCUUGAAUUGCGCGAUAAAUAUAUGAAAUUCUCAUUACAACGACUUGGUGAUAAUCCAAAGGAUCAUGAGGAUUAUAAAAUUUAUCCAUCACCACCUGCCCCGUCUUCUGCUGCUGAUUAUUAUGCGAAACAUUCUAACCUCAAUAAAAAAAAAGCAGUGAAAAUUGUUGGUGAAGAUUUUCAUGUUGAAGAGUGUGAGAUACCUGGUGAUCAUCAGGAUUAUAAAAUUUAUCCAUCACCACCUGCCCCGUCUUCUGCUGCUGAUUAUUAUGCGAAACAUUCUAACCUCAAUAAAAAAAAAGCAGUGAAAAUUGUUGGUGAAGAUUUUCAUGUUGAAGAGUGUGAGAUACCUGGUGAUCAUCAGUAUGUAUAUGAAUUAUCCACAGAUGGAGUUUAUUAUGUUUAUAAAUCAGAAGAAGAUCUUAGAAAUCAUAAAAUCAAAAACCACAAGGACAAAAAAUAUUUUAUGGAUUUAGAUUUUAUAUUAAAUGUGAUUUCUGAUGGCCCGACAAAAACUUAUGCUUAUAGACGUUUACGAUAUCUGGAAAGUAAAUGGAACAUGUAUACUCUACUCAAAGAAUAUCAAGAGAUGGCUGAAUCGAAGGAUGAAGUAAUUUUUAGAGAUAACAAAGUUCUCACAUUAAUUGAAGUAUUUAAAAGUUUAGGCUUGACAGCUUACGAUCUUAGUUAUUUCAGAUUUGGAGUCAAAUCAAAAUCUGAAUGGAGCAAACUUGCAAAAUGGGUGGUACACAAUAAAAUAUUUUCACCAAAUGUCAGGUGGUUAAUUCAAAUGCCUAGGCUUUAUAGUAUCUACAAAUCUACCAAGACUGUUGAAAAUUUCGAAGAUGUUAUAAAAAAUUUAUAUGAGCCAUUGUACGAAGUUACAAAAAACCCGAAGAAAAAUCCCGAACUACACAUAUUUUUACAACGCGUAAUUGGAUUUGACAGCGUGGAUGACGAGUCGAAAGCAGAAAGACGUAUUCACAAAAAAUAUCCAGUACCAAAAAAAUGGGACACCGACCUCAACCCGCCCUACUCCUACUACUUGUACUACAUGUAUGCAAAUAUGAUCAGUUUGAACCAGUGGCGGAAAGAACGCGGAUUCAAUACUUUUGUUUUGAGACCUCAUGCUGGUGAAGCAGGUGACACUGAUCAUUUAACAUCGGCUUUCCUGACAUCACAUUCAAUCUCACAUGGCAUUUUGUUGAGAAAAGUUCCUGCAUUGCAAUAUUUAUAUUAUUUGAAACAAAUUGGAAUUGCAAUGUCGCCAUUAUCGAAUAAUGCUUUGUUUUUAACUUAUGAAAGAAAUCCAUUCAUGAGCUUUUUUCAAAAAGGAUUGAAUGUUAGUCUUAGUACCGAUGAUCCAUUACAAUUUCAUUACACUAAAGAGCCAUUGAUUGAAGAGUACAGUGUAGCUGCACAGAUUUGGAAACUAUCUGCUUGUGAUAUGUGUGAAUUAGCACGUAAUUCGGUAUUGCAAAGUGGAUUUGAAAUGAUGUUAAAGAAACAUUGGCUCGGGUCAAAAUGGUUCUUACCAGGUCCUGAUGGAAAUGACAUUCAUAGAACGAAUACACCAAAUGUUAGAAUAUCAUUUAGACAUGAGACAUUAAUGGAAGAAAUUAACAUGUUGGCAAAAUAUUCACGUUUAAAAUCAAGAGAUUCAUUUGUUUGUAACACUAUAGAAAUGUCUUUAUCAAAUUAUGAUAAAUAUUUAUCAUCAACACAAUCUUUAUCAGCAUCAGCAACAUCACAACAAUCAACACCUGAAAAAAAUGUUGUUGGUAAAGAUGGCGAUAUUGGCAAAGGAGAUAUUAAAGAAAGCGAUGACUAUUUUAAUAGUGGUUUGGGUGCUGGUGAACAAAUUGUUGCGAGUCCGGGUAAAUCGUUAUUUUCUGAUUCAGAAAUGGGAGUUAUUCCUGGUGUUGCUAUGUUUGUGGAACGUAUUCAUCAAAUUGGUAAAAAAUACAGGAAAGAUAAAACUGAUAAUGGCACUGGAAAUAGUAAUUGA